GUUUGGCAUCCAUAGCAUUGAAAAACACGAAUCUCGUUAAAAUGAAAAUAUUUGGACAAACUGGCAGGUGUUUGUAGAACCGUUUUAGAAUGCAGUAAUUGUUAACUUUACAGAAGAAUUAUGCUGUCAAAUUCGAAGAAAGGAACAAGUCUACCAUGGGUUGAAAAAUACCGGCCUGCCAAACUUGAUGAUCUUAUUUCUCAUGAAGAUAUUAUUAGCACCAUUAACAAAUUCAUCAAAGAGGAUCAACUGCCACAUUUAUUGUUUUACGGACCUCCUGGAACUGGUAAAACUAGUACGAUAUUGGCUUGUGCUCGACAGCUUUACAAGCCUGCUCAGUUUAAUUCCAUGGUUUUAGAACUAAAUGCCUCAGAUAGUCGUGGUAUUCAAAUAGUGAGAGGACCUAUUCUCAACUUUGCUAGUACAAGAACAAUGUUCAACUCAGGAUUUAAGUUAAUAAUAUUAGAUGAGGCAGACGCCAUGACGAAUGAUGCUCAAAAUGCCCUCAGGAGAAUAAUUGAAAAGUACACCGAUAACGUACGAUUUUGUAUCAUCUGCAAUUAUCUGUACAAAAUCAUUCCGGCACUGCAGUCACGUUGUACAAAAUUCAGAUUCGGACCACUCGACCCAGAACAGAUUAUACCUAGAUUGGAACAUGUUAUCGCAGAAGAAAAAGUAGAAGCUACCGAGGAUGGUAAAAAAGCACUUAUGACUUUAAGCGGUGGAGAUAUGAGAAGAGUUUUAAAUGUCCUUCAAAGUACUUGGCUAGCAUUUGGAUCGGUCACUGAGCAAACAGUCUACACUUGCGUGGGACAUCCUCUCCCUAGAGACAUACAAACCAUCCUACACUGGCUGCUCAAUGAGUCCUAUUUAUUAGCCUAUUGCAAAAUCGAAGAGCUUAAAGUAAACAAAGGUCUUGCUCUACAGGACAUUUUAGUACAACUACACUUAUUCGUGAGCAAACUCGAGUUGCCAAAAGAAAACAUGAUAAAUCUACUGAUAAAGAUGGCAGAGAUAGAGAAACGCUUAAUCGCAGGAACGAGCGAAUCCGUUCAACUGAAUUCUCUAAUAUCAGCAUUUUAUAAUAGUCGUGAGAUACCAGAUAAUUGAUGAAGAUAGAUAGCGAAUGAAUGUAUUCUAAACAAAUCAUCAAUAUUUAGUCCACGUAUUUCGAUUAUCCCAAAAAAACACAUUUGUAUACGAGCGUUCUAUUUUUACAGAAAAUAAUAAUAAAAGCGUUGCGUGCGAAUAAUCAAUCGCACUUAUUUCCUCCAGA